AUUUCUUAAAAAAUAACCAAUUUGACUUGAUGGUUUUUUUUUUCUUGGGACCCCCAACUUCUCGAUCCUUGAGUUUGUCCAACAAGAAAGUGAUUCAACAAGAUGGCCCCAAUCGAGAUAUGAAAUAUACAGAUCCCCAAAAGGGAGACUACCAGAAAUCUGUUCAAAAGCAUCCCUCUAAUUUUCCAACCUAAACCAGCUCUCACUAAUUAAAGAUAUCUGAGAUGGAAGAAAUACCCAAAACAAGCAAGCAGAUCUUCAUAUUAUCAGGGCAAAGCAACAUGGCCGGUCGCGGCGGCGUUUGCAAAGACCACCACCACCACAACCACCAGUACUGGGACAAGUUAGUCCCACCAGAAUGUCAACCCCAUCAAGACAUCUUCCGUUUUUCAGCCAAGCUCCAUUGGGAACAGGCACAUGAACCACUCCAUGCUGACAUCGACUCGAAAAAAGUUUGUGGGGUUGGACCCGGCAUGUCGUUUGCUAACAUGGUGAGGGAAAAGAUGAGGGUGGUGGUGGGAUUGGUACCGUGUGCGGUGGGUGGGACGGCCAUCACGCGGUGGGGGCGUGGAGAGGUAUUGUAUGAGAAUAUGGUGAAAAGGGCCAAAGAGAGUGUCGAAGAUGGUGGGGAAAUCAAGGGGUUGCUAUGGUACCAAGGAGAGAGUGACACGUCGGAUAUUCAUGAUGCCGAGGUUUACCAGGGGAACAUGGAGAAGCUUAUUGAGAAUGUUAGAGAGGAUCUUGGUCUGCCUUCCCUUCCAAUUGUUAUGGUAGCAAUAAUAUCAGGAGAUGGCAAGUAUGUGGAUAAGGUGAGAGAAGCACAGCUAAGGAUUAAUAUGCCGAAUGUGAUAUGUGUGGAUGCCAUGGGAUUGGAUCUUAAAGACGACCAUCUUCACUUAACAACUGAAGCUCAGGUUAAGUUGGGCCACAUGUUGGCAGAAGUUUACCUCAAGAAUUUUGCACCAUCAUGGAAACGUUUCUUUUCUUGCUUGCUUUGCUAAAAAUAAGGGGAAUGGGUUCCCAGUGCUGUUGAUUUAAUUUUUGUUUCUACCCCUUUUCUUUUUGCUGAUUCCCGGAUUCCGAUGGAGCAAUUUGGGGUUCGGUGGAACUGGGUAGCUAGAAUUGUUAUUGGGACUUCUACUGUCAAGUAACUUUUGCGGUCCAAAAACCAGUAAUCUGUUUUUUGCGUCCAGAAAAAAAUCAAGUGUUCAUUGCAGAUCAUACCAAAAUAUGGAACAAAGGAGGAGAAGCGCCUUGCUUUGCCCCGCUUAGGUUCCAUUUUGGGCUGUGCGCUUGUGAGCUGUGACCACCCGGGUUCCAUCGGAGGUUGGAUGCUUAUGUAGGCUCUGUUUAAGGCUUUAAGCUAUAGCAAACAAAGACUGCGUUAGAUCUGGGCCAUGGCCUAAGCUUGGCCGACAUAAGACUGUGUCCCCGUUUAUAGAAACAGCCAAUGAAUUAUUACCCCGGAGUGAAGAGUUCAGCCCCCAUACCGCUUCAAAUUUAAACCGGGUCAGGCAUGGGUCGUCUACUGUAUUAUUCCGAUCGGGUUUUUGGCACUUUGGGUAUCUAGCUAAUAUUGACUUGGUCGGCUUCUUUUGUUUUUCUUAAUAUUUUAUAAUAUAUUAAUAUUUGCCCUAUCUUACCAUGAUAGAGUAAUCGAAGUCAGAUAUUUUAGAUCACAGUGGAUCAAUUAAUUUAAGAAAUAGAUAUCAUGGGAUUAAGAUUUUUAAAAUCUGGUGAAUCCAAUUCUAUU